AUGUACCUGAGCUUUGCGGAACCCCAUGUGUGGGAUGUCCGCGAUGGUCAUCCGCGGGCAGAACCAUCCAAAGAUAAGAACUCUGGCGGGGAUAGCUCGACAACUACCAUUGUUCUUGUUGUCGUUGCCGCCGUCGUCUUUGUCCUCCUCAUCGCUGUAGUCUGGGUCUGCCGUUCUCGAAAGACCCGGAAAUCAGGCAAUGUGGAACAGACUGACGACCAAAAGAAAAAAGGCUUCUUCGGACGAAUAACUGGUCGCCUCCGUGGCGGCCAAUACGAGCAAACAUCGGGCCAUGAUACUGAUCAGUCACAUCAGCUCAACUCGACCGGGGGCCGGCGCAAUACCGCGCAGUCCGCCGCGAAUCGAGGCAAUACGGCCACGGCGACUGUUGAUCGCAAUACCUCCGUCAGGUCCAUCAUGACCCUGCCCGCAUACCGCCAGAUGGCGGCAACCGGCGAACAAGUUCUAGGUCGAGAGGGAGAACGUGACGGAGUCGACGUUAUCGUAGACCUUCCGAAUCAGGAGGAGGAGGAAGAGCUACGCGAUCGAGAGAUGGAAACGAUGUACCAGAUUCGGACCACGAGGCGGCAACUUAUAGCGGAGCGGGAAGAGCGGAGAGAACAACGUCGCGAGGCACGGAGACUCAACGAUUCAGCCGCCCUGGAGGAUAUCCGCGCCCGAACACGCGCCGCCAACGAGGACACUACCAUUGCCGAUCUUCGAACCACUGUCGACCAAAUCAAGGACACUCGUAACCGGUCAGUGUCGAGUGUGUCAUACGCAGACGUGGGGAUCGCUCGCCAUGAUGGGACGAGGAUCCGGGCCAACAGCACUGAGAGCGAACGUGUGGGACUACUUGCCGACGCCGGGAGCAUAAGUCUUGGACAUAACCGAGGACGCAGCGCAAGCUCCGCUGCGAGCGCCGACACAGACUUCAUGUCUCUCACCCCGACACACACCCGGGGAGACUCUCAGUCAGGAGGGCCUUGGGUGCCAAACGGAGAGGCAAGAACAGGGUCGAGCGCCGAUCUUACAGAGACCGAUUUGGGUGAUACCGCGAUGCCCCCGCCAGAAUAUCAUGAUGUAUCUCUGUCCGAGGAGAACCGAUCGACAACGCCACUGCAUGAACCCCCGCCAGACUACCCCGGCCCAUACCGCUCAGCAUCCCAGAGGACGCAGCGCAGUCUUACUGCUACGGUCCGCUCAGACGAAGCGGUGGAGCCGAAGCCCGAAACUCUCACCCAGUCCUUGGGCCGCGGAGUGGGCGGUGUGCCCCAGCUUCCCAGCUUGAGGAUCUCACGGCUUCCCGAGAUUGUCAUUGAGCCGUCGAGUGCUCACCCUCGAGAUGAUCGCCAUGAAACCUCACUUUGA